CUAUUUGUCAUUAAGGUGAUUGUUAACAUUUUACUACUGUCACGUGCCUAUGCACAUGUAAGUGCAUACGUACGCGCCAGCGUGGCUGUCAGUCAUUCAACUCAGCAGCAGCAACAGUUGUCCAAUCCGGAGGCAUUGACGAUGGAUGGGCGGUUUUGUGCUGCUUCAGAUCCUCAGCGCAUUGGAGUAGACAAAUUAUCAGUUGGCCGGGAUGCCUCACUUGUGAAUGCUGAAUUCGAGGCUCAUCUGAGGACCGGGGAGGUAGUGGAAGAUUUACUUGUCGCGGCUAGUUUGCGCCGGCCGAUUGAUACUAAACGACCUCCAACGACGUCAUCAACCCAGGUGACCACCGUACCGUUCUUAAUGACUAGCUCUCAAAACUUGUAG